AUGUCUACUGAAAAGAGUAAAAGAGCAAUUCGAAGAGGAAAUCGAGCUUUCGUGACGAAAGUUAUUCAGACGGCAAAUGACGCCAUUGACAAGUUUGGUUUAACUCAGACGGAGAAAGAUGCGUUAAAUCACGGAUGUAAAAUCACGUUAAUGGAUAAGAAAGAAUCCAUAAGAAAGCUUGAUGAAGCUAUUCUGAAUGAAAUUGAAGAUGAAGAGAAGAUUAUGGAAGAUAUAUUUCAGGCUGGUAAAGUGGGUGAGUCGAUCAGUAAAAUGCUUGUUAAAAUUGAAAAUGUUUUGAAGACAGUGGAAGCGAGCAAUGUGACCUCGCCAGGGGGACUGGGUACAACCAUGCCAAGCGUAUGUCAGCCAAUGCACCCCUCGUCAGCCAGAGCAAUAUUACCAAAACUGUCCUUGAAGAAAUUUUCUGGAAAUCCUACUGAUUGGCAAUCAUUUUACGAUAGCUAUAAAGCUGCAGUUCACACUAAUGACAGUUUAUCUAAAGUUGACAAAUUCAACUACUUGAAAAGUCUGGUGGAGUGUCCGCCAGCUUCAGCAAUCGCAGGGUUUUCGUUAGCUAACGAAAACUAUGAGACUGCUUUAAUUUUAAACUUUUGGAAGAGAGAUUUGCAAAUCCACAAAUUAUAGUUUCCAGUCAUGUUGAUGCCCUAUUGAAGUUGGAACCUGUUUCUAUUAUACAUGAAAUUGUCAAGAUUCGGAAGCUGUAUGACAGUAUUGAAACGCAUAUUCUUAGUCUAGCGAAUUUGAACAUAGAAAGUGAAACAUAUGGGACUCUUCUGAUUCCAAUGAUUCUUGCUAAACUUCCAGAGGAAAUGCAGUUGUUGAUAAGUCGGAAUGUUGGCAAGGAUGAUUGGAAAUUAGAUGAGUUACUUAAGGAAUUUAGAAUUGAGUUAGCUGCUUGAGAAAGUGGCUCGUUGUUACAAAGCACUACAGAGAAAAAGGACGGUGCCAGAAGAAAUUAUGAGCCUAGUACAUCAUCAACACUUUUCACGGGAAGUGACAAUCGUUCAAUCCAGAAAUGUACGUGCUGUGGGGAACAACAUUUAUCAUCACGGUGUAAUAUAAUUACAGAUAUUUCAGCACGUAGAGCUAUUCUCCGAAAAAAGGGACGGUGUUUUGCAUGUUUGAAGUCUGGUUAUAUAGUCAGACAUUGUCCUUCCAAGUUUAAAUGCCCGAAAUGUGGAAAUAACCAUCACAUUUCUCUCUGUGAAGGUAUACAACCAAGGGAGGACCCUAGUAGUAAUAUAGAGGCCGUUCAACCCCCAUUUUUGAGGGUGCGUAAGGGUGCGCUAAUUAAUAUUCAUAAAAAUGAGGGUGCGUAAGGGUGCUGAAGGUGCGUUAAUUAAUAGUCGUACAAAUGAGGGUGCGUAGUGACGUCACUCAUUAACAUACGUCAUAAUUAUAUGCAAUGACGUCACGCGGGCGAGCUUAAACACGAUCGGGCGAAACUUGCUGACUACGCAUUUUUUAGUGUCCCCCACGUGUAUGAUACAAUUGAGGGAUUAAUGUUGGCUUACUAUGAUUGGUUGUUUGAUUUAACGAGCGUCUGUAUAAAAUCGACAAGCGUCUUGUAGUGAGCAUAGUUUUGCAUCAGUCAUGGAGUGUCUACACGGAAAAGCUGCUGCCUCUACAACUACAAACAAUGGUACAUUUUGGUUUUGUGGGGAAAAACCAAGCUGUGAGUUUUUUUGCCCGGACGAAAAUUGUUAUAUGUAUACGAGAGCUGUAGCUGCGUUUCGUGCAAGUGGUUCUAUACAUCCCGUAUGUCCUACACAUCAGAAAUUUGCCAAGUUAUGUGUAGUCAAAGACACAAUGAAAGAUAAUUACGGACGACCCUUCUUCGUAUGUUCUGAGCGAAAGAAUCCCUGCAAGUUCUGUCAAUGGGGAGACGUAUUCGAAGGUCCAAGACCGUUAUGUCAACAUGGAAUGGUGUGCUGUGAACGAAAAGUCAAGAAAGAUGGUCCGAAUCAAAACCGUCUGUUUUACUGCUGUCGGAAGGACGACUCUUGUGGUUUCUUCGAAUGGAAGCAACAAGGCCCUCGGGUGACCAACACUGGCAUUGUACUCUUCAGUAAUCCACUACAAUACCAGUACAUGAUUGAAGAAACAGGAGAGACAUUUAAUAGUUCUAAAUCUAACACUAAGGAGGCCUAUGAUGAAUUUCGUAGAUUUGGUUUAACAAGUGAACUUGAUAAAAUAGACCUCUUGUAA